AUGUUGGCUCCUCACCGACAUCGUGGCCGUGGGAUGCUGGCAAUCCUCCGAUCAUAUCUCGGCAAACGCCACAACCCAGAGACGCGUCAAGAUGCGACAUUUCAGGACGCAGAGAUCAACAUGAAUGACACAGAAGACAAUGAUCACGACACGCACCUGAUUGUCAACCAGCUGGCAGCAUUAGCCACCACUGUCAGUCAAGCAACAAACUCGCCAUCAUCAAUCCAAUCCUCCUCUACACAGAAACCCCCGAGCGGCAGGGAAGAUAAAGAUAAAGAUCAAGACCAAGACCAAGAAGAAUCCUUCCACUACCUCCGAAGCCUCAUCACAAUCUCAGAACCAACAUCCACCCAAACCCUCCACGUCCCAACCCUCCGUCGCAAGAGAGCAUCCUCAAGACUUAGCCUCCGCCUCGACAUACCCCUCCCCUUCAUACCAAAUGCAGUCCACAAACCAAACCCAUCUCCUCGAUACACCACCCUCCCACCAGCCUACACAUACAGACCCUCCAUUCGCCCAGAGGUCCGCUUCUAA